GCAACUUGAUCGUUGUUGACGUUGGGACACAGUGUCACGCUCUGCGUUCUAGUUUAACUUGCAGCACGAUACGGUUAGGUGCUUACCAAUCUCAAAAAUCCGCCAAACUGGGAGACGGUAGAGGAAAACCUAAAAGAGUCAGGAUGGCUGAAGAAUCUUUACCACCCGCACCUGUAAUUAAGGAGCGUGAGCAAAAACAUUCACUUCCUGUCCUCACUAAAAUCGCCCAAGUUCUUCUAGCCGUUUUAAUAAUUGGACUUAUUGUUGAUCCAUUCAACUCUCAUCUCAGAAUACUCAAUCAACCAAAGAGGAAUCUUGACGAUGUGGCAAUUGUUUACAUCAGCGUUUCUGGAUACUUGCUCAUCAAUGUGAUUUUCAUCAUUGGAUAUUUUCUGGGCGAUAGAAUUCCAAAGAAAACGUCAAUAAUGUUCUCCGCCGUGGGAGCAUGUCUUCACAUUGUCGCAGCAAAUGUCAUGGUACACAAGUGGCGAAGGAUGACGGGUAGUUAUAUCGACUACCAAAGUAAUAAUGCCGUUUACUCAAGCAAACAGUACAACGAUAUGUUGAUAUCUGGAGCUGUAUUCACCUUCAUCAAUGCAAUAAUUUUUGCUGCUGAUGUAUUGAUUACAAUGAGAUUGACGUAGCUUAAUGAAUGAAUGAUUAUUCCCAAUUUGGUAAUUCAGCUUAGUUUAGCUUAGUUUGAUUGAUUAGACGCGGACAUAUCGGCUUGAUAAUAUAAUAUGUCAAAUUAGGACACAUUUUAUCCUCGAAAAUUGUACAAAUGGUUUUGUAGCUUAGAUGCACAAUGCUGUAAUCCAAAGUUUGAAAUGACUCAUAAUGUUCAAUCCGUCCAUUAGUAUUUAAUUAAUAUAGUAUAAUAAAAAAUACAGAUCUAAGGAUCGAUCUUCCAUCACACUAAUAAUGAGAAUAUUUAUUUCCAUAUAAUUUUUUUAUAAUUUAUGUCAGUAUCUCAUAGAUUGAAGAAUUUUUAAAUUGUGUCUUAAUGAUGAACAACGGAGCCCGUGACUAUUCCGUCCAUUAAAAAAACAUUAUUCCUAACAAUGAAUUUAAUGUGCGCUAUAUUUUAAUAAUAAAUAAUAACGAUGAUUGCCAUAGAUUUAAUUUUAUUACUUAAUCUGAAUUUGUAGAAACUUUGAACGAUAAAUCUAGCAACUGUCAAUAAAAAUUGAUUAGCCAUA